ACGGAGCUCCACGAGGUCCUGCAGCGCUCCUGAAUCUGAAGAGCUCCGACAGUCACAGCGGAGACCUGCUGGAUCUCAGAGACCAGGACCAAGAGCGGGAUGGAGGAGGACAACCAGGACCCGGAGCCCCGGAGCAACAACGUCCCCGGAGGACAAACAGCAGGCUCGAGCUCUGAUAGCACCGAUGUUCAGAAACAGAGAGGAAAAGAGGGACUCAAACGUCACCACUGUCAGCACUGUGACAAGUACUUUUCAACAUCUGGAUCUUUAAAGAUUCAUCAGAGAGUUCACACUGGAGAGAAACCAUACAGCUGUGACCAGUGUGGGAAAACUUUCACUAGAUCAGGUGAACUUACAGUCCACGCGCGUGUUCACACUGGAGAGAAACCAUACAGCUGUGAACAGUGUGGGAAAGCUUUCACUACAUCAGGUGACCUAAAAAUCCACCUACGUAUUCACACUGGAGAGAAACCGUACAGCUGUGAACAAUGUGGGAAAGCUUUUGCUCAAUCAUUUCAUUUAGAAAACCACAGAAGUGUUCACACUGGAGAGAAACCGUACAGCUGUGGCCAGUGUGGGAAAGCUUUCGCUAGAUCUGGUGGCCUUAAAAGACACCUCCAACAUGUUCACGAUGGAGAGAAACAGUACAGCUGUGACCAAUGUGGGAAAGAUUUCGCUACAUCAAGCUAUCUAAAGAUCCACCUUCGUGUUCACACUGGAGAGAAACCGUACAGCUGUGACCAGUGUGGGAAAGCUUUCACUACGUCAGGUGCCUUAAAAACCCACCAACGUGUUCACACUGGAGUGAAACCCUACAGCUGUGACUUAUGUGGGAAAGCUUUCACUACGUCAGGUGACCUAAAAAUCCACCAACGUGUUCACAGUGGAGAGAAACCGUACAGCUGUGACCAAUGUGGGAAAGCUUUCACUUCAUCAAGCCAUCUAAAUUUUCACCGUUAUGUUCACACUGGACAAAAACCGUACUGGUGUGAACACUGUGGAAAAACCUAUGCCCGGAAUGGUUCCCUUAUAGUUCACCAACGGAUUCAUGCUGGACUCAAACGUCACCGCUGUCAGUACUGUGACAAAUCCUUCACAACAUCUGGAUAUUUAAAGAUUCAUCAGAGAGUUCACACUGGAGAGAAACCGUACAGCUGUGAGCAGUGCGGGAAAGUUUUCACUAGAUCAGGUGACCUAAAAAUCCACUGCCGUGUUCACACUGGAGAGAAACCGUACAGCUGUGACCAAUGUGGGAAAGCUUUUACGCAAUCAUUUCACCUACAAAUCCACAGACAUGUUCACACUGGAGAGAAACCGUACAACUGUGGCCAGUGUGGGAAAUCUUUCACUAGAUCUGGUAGCCUUAAAACACACCUUCGACAUGUUCACGAUGGAGAGAAACAGUACAGCUGUGACUUAUGUGGGAAAGAUUUCACUACAUCAAACUAUCUGAAGGUCCAUCGUCGUGUUCACACUGGAGAGAAACCGUACAGCUGUGACCAGUGUGGGAAAGCUUUCACUAGAUCAAGUGGCCUAAAAAUCCACCAACGUGUUCACACUGGAGUGAAACCAUACAGGUGUGACCUAUGUGGGAAAACUUUCACUACAUCAGGUCACCUAGAUAUCCAUCGACGUGUUCACAGUGGAGAGAAACCGUACAGCUGCGACCAAUGUGGAAAAGCUUUCACCUCAUCAAGCUAUCUUAAUACCCACCGUCGUGUUCACACUGGACAGAAACCGUACUGGUGUGAACACUGCGGGAAAACCUAUGCCCGGAAAGGUUCCCUUAUAGUUCACCAACGGAUUCAUGGUGCGCCGCUUUGAACAUUUCAGAGCCGAACACAUGCCGUAGACGUGAAAGUUCAUGUCAUAGACGUGAAAGUUCUUCAAAACUUCGAGACACAACAAUUUCCACCUGCAGAGAAACACACAGAGACAAUAAAGGAAAGUUACAAAAAUGUUUGUGUGCGCUGUCAGUUAUAGGUCUUAGAAAUUAAGAAAAUGGGAAUCGUCCAGGAAAAUCAGUGCCUCUCUACCUGAUAGCUCUGUUCUAUCCUGAGCUUGUCUACAAUCUGGGGGAUGGACAACAGUAACUUUAUAUUUUUAGGAGCAUUUAUGUUAUUGUGGCCACGACUACAAACUGUCCUGCUGUCAUCACCCACUCCACUUGGAUUUUCACUUUAAAACCUAAACUACUUUUUUCUAUAGUUAAAUGAGUUGAUUAUUUGUUUUUCUUUAUUCAUGUAGUUUAGUUUUAUUCCACCAAAAAUGUACUUUAUUUCUUGUAAGAAAAUACAUGCCCAUCAGUGUUGACAGAAGUCAGAGGUGAUGUCAUCAAAUAUCAAAUUGCUUGUUUUGACCAAAAUUUCAAACCUUUAAAAAUUACUUUUACCAUUAAUGUAUGAUCAAAAUAAGUCAGUUUAUUAAUAAAUAAAUUUUCUCCGCUCUGCUUUCAACCGUAUCCCAACAGCUUUCUUCGGCCAAUGGAUCACUUGAGUCACAUGAUGGAUUCAGUUGGAGAUGGUAACCUCUGUCUCUGUUCAGAGAUGCUCUCUGGUGUCAGAUGUAAAUGUCCUCCUAGAUCUUUCACCAGUCUUCCACUGACUCCUGCUCUAUGACCUUUGACCUUCAGGUCGCGUCUUCCUAGGAAGCGUAUUGUCUCAUUUCCGGUUCCUGGUGUUUGCGUAUUUCUGGUAGUUUUAUUUUGCUGCUUUAGCUCAACACUGGUAAACUUGUUUAGAUUCUACAUUAAAGCAGCUAAUUAUCAGCUAUACAUUUAAACUCGGUUACCUGCUGUCGUCAGCCAGUUCCAAGUAGUCGUGCAGGCCGAUCUGAGAUGGCUCCUGUUAGCCGUCCCCCGGCAGCUCCUGACAUUCCCAUCUGACACCACAGAACCUCUGAGAACAGAGACAGAGGUUACCAUCUCCAUCUGAAUACAACCACCUGUUAUCAUGUGACUUUGCUGGACUACAGUCAUGUAAUGACCAUGAGAAGGCCAUGAGAUAUGGUCAAAAGCUCCAAAAAAGAGGCAGUUUAGACUCAUUUAUUACAGAUGUGUCCCAUAAAGUCGAGAAUGAAGCUUCACGCUUGGUGAAAUAUUGCUUCGUAUAUAUUUUCUUGUUAUUAUAUUGUAGUUAAACAGUUUUCAUUUAAUCUUUAUUUUAUAUAUCUAUUCACUGUUUUUAUUUUCUUUUGUUUACACUUCAUUGUGUCAAUACAUAUCACUGAUACAUUUCUUGUUUUUGUUUAGUAUAGAAUAGUACACAUGUUCAGUAUUAUGUGUCCAGUUGUGUUUUUGGGGUUGUGGCUUUGGUCUCUAGUGAUUACUAGAGAGACCAUAUCUAUUAGCUGUAUGUUCUGAAGAGUCCACUCCUCCUUCAUUAUACGUUUGGUAAAAUCUGAGUCCCAUGAUGUUUCUCUUAAACAGGUUAUUUAAAUAGGCGGCCCGCGGGCCAGAACCGCCAUGCCUGCAAUAAUAUCUGGCCCGUCGACAGAUUGCUUUGAUAGCAGAAAAAUAAAAAAUACAUAAAUUGAUAGCGGCUGGUGCUGAAAUAGAUCUCAGUCAUGACAGCGACAUGAUCACUUCCUCUCAAGUGAUUGUGCCUCCAAAAUAAAAGCGCCAGAACUUUUUUUGCAGCAAUGCUUUAUGACAAGUUUAUUGAGAGCUUUUACUUUGAAAAGUUCUGAACGACAUCCAAAAGAGACUCUGGCUUGCUUGACACGCCUCUGAAAAACAUUGAUGGGAUUCCCCUGAAUUUCCUCAGGGAAAUGAAAUAAGCGUCCGUAGGUUUAUGAAUCCAGAUCAAACACCAGGACGCACAAUCGCAUGCAGCACAUGCUUUAUUUUGAGCAUGUGCAGAAGUGUCCUUCUAAUCAAUUUGUUUAACAAGGGAAAAAAAUUACUCGCAGUUGGAAAUAAUCUUACAACCUUCCAAACGAGAGUCCCGCACAGAACCAACUGAGCUAAAGGUUCACACAAGUACGCAAGGAUUUGAAAUAAUUAGACUUCUGGCCCGCCAUGUAAGGGCUUGAAAAAAAAAUUUGUCCCAAUGCCAGACUUAUUUGCCGACGCCUGCUUUACACAUUCUUCUCCAGGUUUUAAAUGUGUUAACUGUAUAUAGAGUAGUUGUGUAUUUUGAUAUGUUGUUAUUUUCUGUUGCUGAAUGUGGAUUUGAAUCAGUUGGUUUGUUCAAUUCUAGUUGAAGCAACGAGCCGCAGAUUCAUUAAAGACCGCGCCAGCUGAGGUGAAGACAUGUCAGCUCAAGUCUGAAAUGUUUCGUGGUGGGCGGUGCUAUUUUGUCUACAGUUAGAAUGAAAUUGUAUACUUUAUCUUCUCCAUGUAAACUUGACUUACUGGGAUUUUUACUAUGAAGAUAAAUAAUAAACUGCAGACAUUAAAACUGA